AAAAGGGCCCAUAGUAAAACUGAAAGCUUGAAAUUUUUUGUUUUGACGUGAAGUUUAUUGGGAAAAGGUUAAGCAGGUUCAACAUCAACAACAAGACUGAUCUAGGUGUUUUCUUGGUUUUUUUUAUUAUUGUUUCAAUUGGAAUAUGUACUGGACACUGACGGUGCUCUCUUUGGCUUGUCUGUGGCUAGCUCACAGGCUUUACGUGCUAGCAAAGAUCCCAGUUCCAGAAUUGAUCAAAACGUUGAACAUCGACAUACCCAAGGCAUCAAAACUCUCUGUGGACAACAUCACUUGCUCAAAAGUUCACAUCCAUUGGGACUUGCCGCUACUGGAACACAAGAUCGUUAGCUUUGUGCUUUAUGUGAAUGGGAAACAGGCAUCAACGUUGAAUGGAAAUGUUUCUCAAUGCUGUCUAUCAAGUUUAUUCCCCAACACCAAAUACAAGAUUGAUUUGAUUUCAAUAAAUUCAAAUGGUUACAAGGCUAAAAGUGAGUCCAUAUUCAUCAAGACCAAGCCUGAGAAGUUGCAAGAUUACAAUAUUCUGCUGGAGAAUCCGGAGAAUUUGUUUAGACUGUUGACUGAUAAUCCUGAUGUUUCCACAGUGCACAAGUUGACAACGCCAUCAACAAUCACUUCAAAUGGCGAGGCAAGAGCCGCUGGAAGAUCCCGUUCCAAUACUGUCAACUCUGUCAACGGUAAUGGUACAACCGCUCCACAGACCAAUGGUCUUGCAUCUUAUGCUGCAUCAACUGCCACAAAUAAUAGUUUUUUACCAAAUCCUAAAUCAAUGGAUGAUAUUGAAGAAUUAAGAUACUAUUUGGAAUCAGGACAAGAAGAAUUGCACACUAUAUUGAACCAACAGACUCAAGCCUUGAAAGAUUUCAAAGAACAAGAGUACAUAUUGAUUGAAGAAAGAGACAAGUUGCGUGACCGGAAGAAGUUGGAAGAUACAAAUAGACAAGCAAUCAAGACUGAAAUGAAUCUACUAGAUGAUUCAAGAAGAUUGACUGAAUUGAAAAAGUCUAAACAAGAAAGCUCUUUAAUUGCAAAGAGGAAAAACAUUCAAAAAAUGGAGAGUGAUUUGAAUAAUUGGAAUUUGAAAAUUGAUGAAUUUGAAAAACAUAAAAAUGAUUUAACUGAAUCUGAAGAUAGAGUUCAUAGUGAAAUUGAUUCUGAUAUUGCUAUAAAAAAGUCUAAAAUCAAAGAGUUGCAAGAUGCCAUCUCCAAAAUUGAUGAAGAUAUCAAGGCAAUCAAUUCUAAAAAGAAGCAAAAAGAACAACUAAAACCUCAAUUUAUUAAAAUCUUCAAGACUUUAGGUGAUCACACUGAUAUAGGUGGCUGCUUAGAUAAAGAGGGAACAAAAACUUUAGAACAGUUGAAAUCAUUAGAUAUUGAGGUUCAUCAAAAAAUACAAAAGGAAAUUGAAUCUGAUGCAAGAUUAGAAGCUGAAUGGAGAGCUCAACAACAACGUGAAGUCAACAAUUGUUUAAGAAUUAGUGGUGUCAAAGAAGCUUUGAAGAGAGAAAAUGUCAACUUAAAAGUGGCUUUAAAUCCUUCAAGUUCUCAUAGUUCAACACCUCCAAGUGUUCAUUCGCAACCUUCAAAUUUGGUGGCAUCACAAAUACCACAACAUCAACAGAAUCAAUCUAGUCUACAUCAACCUCAACAAAGGGAUAUUUCACCACCAAAUCCAAAUGCUUUUCCAUUUGCAGUUCCUAAUGCAUUUAAUUAUAAUAAUGUUCAAAAUGGAAGUUCACCUUCAUUAAGCUCAUAUCAAGUUACUCAAAAUUCAACACCACCAGCAUUUACAUCAUCAUCUUUGUGGAAUACUUUCACCAUACCAAAUGGUUCCAACCAAGGGAAUUCUUCAGAUGGAUUUGCAUUUAAUACCACAUUACCAAACAAUGGAACAUUACAAAGACCUGAAUUUGAACCAGAAGUUGAUGAUUCUGAAGUUUUACCAAAUGCUGAAACUAGCGCUCAACAUUUACUUCCAAAAUAUUUAAUUGAUGAGGAUAAUGAUUUUAUGAACUUGGUUAAAGGUGUUCAAGGUGAUUUGUCUUUAGAAAACAGUUCAAACUCGAACCAUUUCCAACAAGGACCAAACUCUCAUUUUGGAAUGAACAAUGCAUUUAGUAAUGUCCAUAAUGAUUCAUCUGCAAAUUUAAGCACAAAGAGUAUUUUCCAUAAUGAAUUUGGCAUUCCUACACAACCAAGAUUUUCAUUAGAUAAUCCAUCAUCUCCACCUCAAUCAUUUAAUGCUGAAUUACUUUCAAAUCAAACUUCACCAUCAAAUGCAAAUAAUAAUGAUAUUCAUUCAGUAUUUUCUGGGAACCAUAACGAAUUGUUACAAAAUUCAUUCCAACCACAACCACCUACCCAAGUUGCUCAGCAAUCUUCCAAAGAUACCAAUCAUAUAAGUUCAUUUUCUCCAAGAAGACUGUCAAAUGUUUUCAGCUUUGGUAGAAGAAAUAAUGAUGUGAAUGACAAUCAGAAUAAUAAUACCAACGAACCACCAGCUUCUGCACCUUCAUUAUCAAAAUCUCAACAACAACAUAGCAAGUUUUUCAACAAAAAUGCAGUUACUAGCAAUGCCAAUAAUGGUGAUAUUACUGGUACACCUCAAAGUCAUGCUCAUAGUGGUUCAAACCCAUUAUUCACAUUUUCUCCAGAAGUUUCAAAUCAGAAAAAUUCAACUCCAUCAAAAUUUAUCUUGGAUUCUGUUUGGAAAAGUCCAGGUGAAAGUGAUAAUUCUCAUAAUAGAAAUGUUAGUAUGAAUUCAGCUCAUUCAAAUAAUACUAGUUUUGAAAAAGAACAAAGUUUUUCAAAGUUUUUCCCAGGUCCAUCUGUUCAAAAUAAUGAUUUCUUGACAGCACCAACAAAAGAGAGUCACAAUAAUAACAUUGGUUCAAAUGUAUCUUUCUCAUCUGAUGCCAUGUCUGAUCAUGUGAAUAUGGAAACUGGCGGUCCAAUCCAAUUAAGUGCAACAAACAAAUCAUCAAAUACAACUUCUAUAAAAUCAUUGAAAUCAUCUGCUGAUAAUGCAUCAAAUGUUAGUUCGUCUCCAUCAUUUUUCAGAAAGAAUAAAUUCCUGAUGAAUCCAUUUGGUGGUAAUAACAAUCAAGCCAACGAGUUGGGUAAUAAAUCACCUUCAAAGCAACAUUCAACAUUAUUUAGAACUUCAUCUCCAACUAAGAUUGAUGCUCAUAAUACUGAAGACUCGGAUAUUGAAGAAUUUCAUCCAGGUUCAAAUAACAAUUCUGCAACAACACCAAAGAGACUGUUUUCAAGAAAUCGUAAAAGUUCUUCAUCAAAUAUCAGAAAACAAUCAUUUGCAAGUUCCCAUAAUAAUGAUACUGAUUCAAACUAUAAUGCCACUGAUGGUUCAAUUCAAUCAACCAAUACAUCUGCAUCGAAUGGUAAAUCACUGGUUAAGAAAUUUUUUGGGAAGAAUAAAGGUGAACCAAAGGAAAAUGAUCUUGAUGAACAGAUAAUCGAGGAGGAUAUUGAAAAAUGAACAUUAAAAUGAAUGUAUAUACCAUAAUUUGCAUACUACUAUCAUGAUCUAUACAUCGAUC